AGACUGUAACUUCCACUAACGGACCAGUGUGUGUGUGCGUGUGUGUGCGUGUGUGUGUGAGUAUAUGCGCUCCUGCCUAUUUUUAGAAGUCUGCCAAAUGGGGGAAAACGAAGGGGCUUGAAGAAAGUGCAGAGGAAACUACCGCUACUACUGCAAUGAGCCCGCACAGAAGAGCGAAGUGACGGAAUAAAAACAACAAACAGCAAAACAAAACUUCCCAGAACUUCAGCCCUUUUCGCUUCCAGCUCAACUCGACUUUGAAUAAAACGCAGUGGCCACUGGAGAAGUUGCUGCGCAGCGCAAUGGCUGCCCAGUGCGACACUUUAAGCGGAUACUUGCAGCAGUCGGACCAGGGCUCCAACAGCGAGCGCAGCACCGACUCUCCUCUGCCGGGAUCUGAGGAGGAUCUGAGCGGACCACAUCCGCUGCCAGACCCGGAGUGGACAGAGGAGAGGUUUCGAGUGGACCGUAAGAAGUUGGAAGUCAUGUUAUUAGCCGCCUCCGAGGGGAGAGUCAACGGCGGGGAGGAUUUCUUUCAGAAGAUCAUGGAUGAGACCCAGACCCAGAUAGCCUGGCCUUCCAAACUGAAAAUAGGAGCAAAGUCCAAAAAAGAUCCACACAUCAAGGUGUGCGGAAAGAGAGAGAAUGUGAGAGAAGCCAAAGACAGAAUUAUGUCUGUCCUUGACACAAAGAGUAACCGGGUCACUCUGAAGAUGGACGUUUCCCACACAGAACACUCCCACGUUAUCGGUAAAGGUGGCAACAACAUCAAGCGAGUGAUGGAGGAGACGGGCUGCCACAUCCAUUUCCCAGACUCCAACAGGAAUAACCAGGCAGAGAAAAGCAACCAGGUGUCCAUUGCAGGUCAGCCAGGAGGAGUGGAAGCAGCCAGAGUAAAAAUAAGGGAGCUGCUCCCUCUUGUUCUGUCUUUCGAGCUUCCAGCCAUCAUGCAGUCCGACCCCAGCUCCCCCACCGUGCAGCACAUCUCACAAACCUACAACCUCACAGUCUCCUUUAAGCCGCCAACACGCCUGUACAGAGCCACAGGCGUGGUUCGCGGCUCACAGAAUAAUGCCAACGCAGUCAAGAGGGGUACAGCCCUGCUGUUGGAACAUCUGGCUGGUAGCCUGGCCAGCACCAUCUCAGUCACCACCCACCUGGACAUCGCACCACAACAUCACCUCUUCAUGAAGGGCCGCAAUGGCAGCAACAUCAAGCACAUCACCCAGAGGACGGGAGCCCAGAUCCACUUCCCUGACCCCAACAGCCCCCAGAAGAAAUCCACCGUUUACAUUCAGGGCACCAUUGAAUCUGUCUGCCUGGCGCGGCAGUACCUCAUGGGCUGCUUGCCUCUGGUGCUAAUGUUUGAUAUUAAAGAAGACAUUGAGGUGGAGCCCCAGUGUAUCACAGCACUAAUGGAACAGCUGGAUGUCUUCAUUAGUAUUAAACCCAAGCCAAAACAACCCAGCAAGUCUGUGAUUGUCAAGAGUGUGGAGAGGAAUGCAGUCAACAUGUACGAAGCAAGAAAGUUCAUCUUGGGUCUCGAGAGCAACGGGGUGUCGUCUUCCUCACCCUCUGUAGCAGUGAAUCCCACCACCAACGGCCCAUCCCCAUCCCUCAUCUGCCCCGUUGGCCUGGACAUCCUGGCCUCAGCUGGACUGGGGUUAAGCAAUCUGGGUUUCCUGGGUGCAACGGCGCCCCAUUCACUCACCAACUCGGCGGCCCCGAACGCUGUCCUAAACAGUUUAAAUUCCUCCAUGAGUCCUCUGCAGACUCCGAGUCCCAGCACCCCCACACCUUCCCCCUCCCUCUGGCCCAGUUCACUCACCAGCACCCAAGCCUUCUCAUCUCAGCUGAUGCUGCACCCUGCAACCCAGGCGACCCUGAGCAGCAUCCUGUUGUCAGGCGUGCAGGGUUACACACAGAGCACACCAUCCCCUCCACCAGGCCUCGCUCCCAUAGACAAGCAGCCCAAUGGGGUGCCUGACUGCACCAAAGGGCCCUGCAGUCUCAAUGGACAUGUCAAGCAUCCUGGCUCAGUCUAUGCGAGGAUAACCACUGCAUCACUUGCAGAAACAGUUUUGAGUCCAGCCCCAUGUGACUCUGUACAGGAGGCCAGUGGACACAACCCGUCAGAACCGCUGUCCAGCAAGUCCAGCCCAGAUGAAGGCUCUGACACGUUUGUGGAAGUGGGCAUGCCCAGAAGCCCCUCACACUCUGCCAACGGGAGCGAGCUGAAGCAAAUGCUGGCUUCAUGUAAGACGUCAUCAGGGAAGCGACAGGCCGUGGAGCUCCUGCAGGGAACAAAGAACUCCCACUUACAUUCUGACUGUCUCCUCUCGGAUGCUGAGUCCAGUUCAUCAGACAGUCCUGUCGCAGAUAAGAGGGCACCAGGUAGUGAGCGGGCAGCUGAAAGGGCAGCACAGCAGAAUGAAAGGGAGAGGAUCAGACUGGCACCACAGUCGUCCUUUGCCAACAUGCAGGCUUUUGACUAUGAACAGAAAAAGCUGUUGGCAACCAAAGCUAUGUUAAAGAAGCCUGUGGUCACUGAGGUGCGAACUCCCACCAACACUUGGAGUGGUCUGGGCUUCUCAAAGUCCAUGCCAGCUGAAACCAUCAAGGAGCUGCGGAGAGCCAACCAUGUGUCCUACAAACCCAGCAUGAGCACUACCUAUGAGGGUUCCCCCUUGUCCUUAUCUCGAUCCAACAGUCGAGAAGGCAUUGGGAGUGGCAGCGACUCAGAUAACUGGCGAGAGAGGAACGGCACUGGUAACGGCCUCCCCGGCCACAACGAAUUCCCCUCUGCAGUCAGCAGCCCCAAGAGGAAGCAGAACAAAUCUGCUACAGAGCACUACCUGAGCAGCAGCAACUACAUGGACUGCAUUUCAUCUGUUACUGGCAGCAACGGCUGCAGCCUGAACUGCUCCACAAAAGGCUCAGAUCUGCCUGAACUGUUCAGCAAGUUGGGCCUGGGGAAGUACACCGACGUUUUCCAGCAACAAGAGAUUGACCUUCAGACAUUUCUGACUCUAACAGACCAGGAUCUGAAGGAACUGGGCAUCACCACCUUCGGAGCCCGCAGGAAAAUGCUGCUCGCCAUCUCAGAAUUAAACAAAAACCGUAGGAAGCUAUUUGAGCCACCCAUCAGGUCGUCUUUCCUGGAAGGCGGAGCAAGCGGUCGCCUCUCCCGUCAGUUCCACGCCGACAUGGCCAGCGUCAGCGGGCGAUGGUAGACGCCUCCGGACUUCCAGGCCAUUCCAGAACCGUCCGAGCAACAGACCAGCCUCCCAUGUGUUUCUCUUCUUGUGCCUCAGCCGUCCAGGUUUCAACCUUCCGGGCUAAUAGUUAUUGUUUACCCUUUGUUUUCGUCAGUGUUGUUUUUGUUGAUGCCAUAUAGUAUAAAUCUAUAAAUACAAGCCAUAGUUUUACUUCAAGUGCCAACAAGAAAAAAACAAAAAAGGGAUUCCUCAGAUACACAAGGUUCAGUGUUCACUCCUUAUAGAGUCAUUAAAACUAUUUGGAGCAUUUAUAUAUGAAGGUUAUUGCUAUGGUUCUGAAGAAGGGAUAUUAUUUCAGUAUUUCUGUCCACUUUUUGUACAAGGGAACAGGCAGAAUGAUUAGUACAAUCGUUUUAAACAUUGAUACUAUCUGUAUCAGUGACAUGCACUUUAAUAAUACUAGACUUUUGCCUGUGAAAGCCUAAUUCCUUAGAUUGAAAUAAUGAUAAACUAUGCAUUUUUAUUGACUAAAAGCACAGAUGCAUUUUGUACCAAAACAAAUGUAAGCACUUAGCCAGUGAGAUUAGGGGGUCACCAAAAGAAGUGCAGAAUAGGUCAGCAAACCAACGUGGUGACUUCAUCAACUCGACAUAUAUAUCUAUAUAUAUAUAUACCAAAGUAAAAUAUCAUGGUGGCCUUUGACCUUUGGCUGCUUUUGCUGUUUUGAUUGGUAGACAUUCCUCUGAGGUUAGGGUUUGUGUCUAUCUGCAGGUGUUCUGCAGUCUGUCUGUAUUUCUAGAAAAAAAAAGAAAACAAAAAAUCAAAUAUUUUGUACUCAGUAUGCAUUAUGAUUUUAUUUUUAAUUUUUAUUACCAUUUUAGGGGACUGGGUGGGGAUGUUUAAUGGUUAUCAGUUUACAUAUGUAUUUUUAUAUGUUUAUGAAUGAGUUUCUAUGAUUUUGUAAUUAUUAGUAUCUUUUUGUUUUUUUCUGCCCCGUAAUCUGUGGAGCCGGAGUGUGGCUGUGCCAUUAGACAGCAGCAGAGACAUGAGGCAGUUAGGCAAAGCUUUAAAGGCCUCUCUCUGAUUGUGUCAACAGGCAUCUCUCUGUGGUUUUCUUUCUGUUUGUUUAUAGUACAUGGGCUUUUGUCUCAUCUGUUAUUUGUCAGUGUUGGCCUCACUGUGGCCCCUUCUGUGUGCCUGAAAUCUCACUAUGCAAGCCUCCACAUAUUUGCUAGAACCAUGUGCUUUCAUUGUCCCGUUUAGAGCAAGAAAGACCUCAUAAAAGAGCAGUGCCUUUGAAGCAAAACGUGCCAAUGUACAUAAGUAGUUUUUCAGCAGGGACAUAUUUCUAGAAAUACUAAUAUUUGGUCUGAAUUUGACUGAUGUUACACUCCAUUAAACAAAGAACAUGGUUUUAUAGGAUCAUUUCUAUAAAAGAAACCAAUCAUGGACCAAAACUAGCAGAAGAACCAUAAGAUUGAGGAUAAAAACUAACACAAAUCAGGAACUUCCUACCAUCAGCUGUGCAAUCUAAUAUCUGGAAACCAUGUUAAACAGUGUUAAAUGAAGUGAAGGAUUGUGUAUGCAGCAGCAGUGUUUAUCAUAGAACCUUGUUUGUUCAGGUCUCCUGUGUUAUGUGCAGUCAUAUGUUUUGAAAAGGAAACAUCCUUUCCAACAGUUCAUUAAUAUUGGAUAAUGUGGUGUUUGUGUGUAACAUUCUGAGGUUUUAGCCAAAAGGCUGAUUCAUCUUCCAAGGUCUUGAAGUCUGAAUAUUUUCUAUCAAGUGCAAUGAAGCGCCACUGUAAAGCUUAGUGUUGCUUUUUUUUCUUUUCUGAGAAGAUGUGUUUAUAUUUGCAGUACAUUAAGUAUUAAAUCUUAUUAUAGUGGAAGACUUUCCUGUCUUGGUUUAGCUAUCUCAACAAACUAUUAACCAUGACAAAGUAACAGCAGUCCUCAUAUAAUGUCAAACAGACAUCGACCAUUUUUUGCCUCUUGUUAAUAGGUGAUGGUUCCCUUUAAGGUGAUCUGUUUAUUUUGUUCACUUUUAACCACUUUCCACCCUCCCUCUUAUCUGAUUUGAGCCAUUGUUAAUGUGGUUGUCAAGUAUAAAUAAUAAUCGGACAUGGUUGCUGAUGCCAACCAGGAUUCUUUACCUGAGAGGAAACUCGGGGCCAAUUGGCCCCUGCUCAUCAUGGUACUACAUUGAAACUGUUGAGCACUGAUUCUCCCAGUGCUGUGACUCGUGUUCCUGCCUUGCAGACAUUUGUUUUCAUCCUUUGCCUUGUUCGGAUGUGUUUGCUUGGAGAGCAGUAGAGGUUCUUGUCUUAUCAAAUGAAUGUUGUUUAAAAAAUAUAUAUUGAUGCAUGUUAUUGCAAAUCAAUGAAGGGACUCAUCAAGUCAAAAAGUUUACUGCCAGCUUGUCUAGUUUUUGCCCUUGAUUGAACAUUUUCACAAUUAUGUCUUUAAUUUGUUGUAUCUGUCAUGCCAUUUUUUUCCAAAGGGAUUUAUUUGAACAAGUCUUUGUACUGCAAGCGAAUGGUACAUUUAUGAGAAAUGUAAACCACUACAAAGUAUGAUGUAAUACCUAUCUUUUGUACAUCAUUUUCAUCUUAUACAACUGUUGUUUUUGUGUGAAAAAGGUACAAUUCAGUGCAAAGUUCCAGAGAACAAUUUGUGUGUAAACACUGCCAAAGCUCUGUUCACUGUGGCAUCUGUUGAUGCUAUUGUUACUCUAACUGUAAUUAUAGUACGGAUAUAAACCGAAGACUUUGUGGAGCAACUGUCAAGCAGGCAAAAAAAUGUUUGUUCAAACAUUAAAAUGCUAGUAUGAAGGUAAUAAAUGUAUGCC